AUGAAAUCACCAACUGGGAAAAACAGUGGUGGAAAAAGAGCUCUUUUUAUAGAAAAAGUUAGUGGUAUUCAAGAAAUGACUUUUGGUGAAAAUUUUAAAAAUAUACUGCCAACUUUCAAUACUGAAGACUGGUGGAGUACUUUAAUUGGGUUGGUUUUUAGAGCCUAUCAUGUAGUUGUCAACCUGAUAAAGAGAAAAGGUUAUCAGAGCAUACAGGAAUCACCUAUGGACGAAUGGAUGACAUCUACAGACAGUGGUAGUUCAACAUCUCUAGCGCCACCAAAGAAAGUUGAAUCAAUUUGGACAGAAGAUUGCACUCCGGAAUGGUUAAAAUGUGUGCUGGUCGAUGAGUAUUUUAUUAAAUUGGAUCGUGACUAUGCAAUUGUUUCUGCGGGUGCCGUUUCAAUUUGUGGUUCGUCCGCUGCCAAUGCCAUUGGAUCGACUAUCGGUGCUUCGAAGAGUGCAAUCUCUUUCCCAAUUGCAAUUAUGGCCCUUUGGACGAUACCUUGUAUCACUUUGAUGCCAGUGAUGUUUACCAAAUGGCUGGAAGAUACUAUGAAGUGGUCAAGUCGUCAGGGUGGCGCUUGGAUAGGCGGAACUAUUGAUACUACCGGUGCAGUGGUGGCAAGUGCAGCGAUUAUCGAUGAAGAAGCAAAACAAUCGGCAGCCAUCGUAAAAAUGUUACAAAACUGUUUGAUUGGACCGAUUUGUUUGAUUGUCCUAAUUACCAACCUCCUAGUGAACAAGGACAAAGAAUCAGAUCUAUCUUUUAAAAAAGUACUAAAGAUAUUGUUUGAUAGAUUUCCAAAGUUUGUGCUUGGAUUCUUUAUUGUCUGUGCAAUAUUGACUACAUUACCAACCUCUGACUGGAAAUCACAUGUAAUCAGUACAUCGCUGUUAGCAAGUGCAUGGUUUGAAACAAUGGGAUUCGUUUGUAUUGGAUUGAACAUUCGUAUAACAGAGAUCUACAACAAUCUUGGUGUAAUGAAACUUAUACUUUUUUACCUACUUGCUCAAUGUUUAGAUAUGUUUACAACAGGUUUACUAGCAACCUACGCAUUCUCAUAA